CCACAUGCAAAUUGCAACCCAACAACCCCUUGAGACUGCAGUCACAUAUAAAACCACCUCCAAUCUCACUCCGUUCAAAGCACGCAGCACACCUCAACUCCGUUCAUAUCUCCUCGUGUUCCUCUCCUUCCUUCACGCCCAGCCCACCCUUUCUUUUUGAUUCCGAAAAAGGAAAGGCACCAUGGUUGAUCAGGUUCAGCACCCUACAAUCGUGGAGAAGGCUACUGGGAAGCUCCACUCUCAGUUUGGUCUGUCAUCUGGUAUCAAGAGUUAUGAUGGUGCUUACCGUCAUCCUGCCCUCUACCAAAGGCGCUCAUUCGGGAACUACUCAAAUGCUGGAUUGCAGUACCCGGUGAUGCCCUCUUGCAGAGCCUCUGUUGAUUUAUCUGCAGCUGCUGCAACUGCCUCCCCUGUCUUUGUCGGAGCUCCAGCUGAGAAAAGCCAUUUCUUUAUUGACUUUCUCAUGGGUGGUGUUUCUGCUGCUGUCUCCAAAACUGCUGCUGCUCCCAUCGAGAGGGUUAAGCUUUUGAUCCAGAACCAGGAUGAGAUGAUUAAGACUGGCAGGCUAUCCGAGCCCUACAAGGGUAUUGGUGAUUGUUUUGCUAGAACCACAAAGGAUGAGGGUAUCGUUGCCCUAUGGAGAGGUAACACUGCAAAUGUCAUCCGUUAUUUCCCCACUCAGGCUCUGAACUUUGCAUUCAAGGACUACUUCAAGAGGCUUUUCAACUUCAAGAAGGACAGGGAUGGUUACUGGAAAUGGUUUGCUGGCAACUUGGCUUCUGGAGGUGCUGCCGGUGCCUCAUCCCUCUUGUUUGUUUACUCUCUUGACUAUGCCCGUACCCGUCUUGCUAACGAUGCAAAGGCUGCAAAGAAAGGUGGAGAAAGGCAAUUCAAUGGUCUUGUUGAUGUCUACAGGAAGACAUUGGCAUCUGAUGGUGUUGCUGGGCUUUACCGUGGGUUCAACAUCUCCUGUGUUGGAAUCAUUGUGUAUCGUGGUCUCUACUUUGGAAUGUAUGAUUCCCUGAAACCAGUACUCCUUACUGGAAAAUUGCAGGAUAGUUUCUUUGCAAGCUUUGGGCUUGGAUGGCUCAUCACCAAUGGUGCAGGUCUUGCAUCAUACCCCAUUGACACCGUUAGGAGAAGAAUGAUGAUGACAUCUGGUGAAGCUGUCAAGUACAAGAGCUCCUUGGAUGCAUUCCAACAAAUCCUCAAGAAUGAGGGAGCCAAGUCGCUGUUUAAGGGAGCUGGUGCUAACAUCCUCCGUGCUGUUGCUGGUGCUGGUGUGCUUGCUGGUUACGACAAGUUGCAGGUCAUUGUGUUCGGCAAGAAAUAUGGAUCUGGUGGCGCUUAAGUGUUUUAGCUUCUGAGUCAUUUUAUUGUUUUAGAUGGCGAUGAAAAUCAUUUUCUGAGAGUUAGACUAAUUGCUUCAGCAAAUUUUGUUUAAUAAGUUCACUCAGGGGGACUCUGUCCCUAAGACCCGUUUAUUUUGGCUGAAAGAUUCACUUCAAAGGUAUGAUUUAUUGGAGUGGCAGGAUAAGCAACUGUCACUUAGAAUUACAUUUUUUGUUUGAGAUUAAAAUAUAUCACUUAUAUUGGUCCUGA